CAGGCUUCACUCCACUUCACUACCGUACGAUACCGCUACACUACACUCCACCUACCCGAGCGUAGCGGUAGCUGUAGACUGUAGUGAAGUGGAGGGGAUAGGAGGAGCCUGCACGAACAUCGCUGAGCCUGAGAUCAAGUUUACCAAUGGCAUUCCCUGCCCCAAAGAAGAAAGCAAGAAUAAGCAUGGAAAGUGGAUCAUCUGAAGUUGAUCCAUUCAAAGAUUUUGAGGAUGAGGAAAGUUUCACAGCAGAUGACCUGGAGCAAAUUGACAUUAUCGAAUCCCAAGCCAUGAGCCAAAUACCCAAGGAAGACUCCUCCCUUGCAACAACAUCCACCAAACCACAUGUAAAUGGGGCAAAUGUGGCACCCAACUUUUCAUUCAAGCCUCUAACUUCCAGGUCGCCAAAUGUUCCUAGAAAGUCAAGUGCCAAUUUCCAACAGAAAACUUUCAACAGGCCUCCUUCGAUAUCUAGCCAUGGACAAACCAAAAGACAGACAAACAUCACCGUGCCUGUUGCCGGACUAAGUUCCUCUAAAAUCUAUACCGGGUAUCUGCCCCCUUCUCAGGACAAGAUGAGAAGUUCACCUCCAUUCAUAUCCUCUCAGAAUAGAUUCAAGAAAGGAGUGGAGGCUCAACCCACCUGUAAAAACCCUCGCCUUCAGCAAUCUAAUGUGAGCCUACCACUUCACAAGAAAGAAUCUCCACAAUCUCAGGGAUUUGGGGUAUCUCACACUCUGCUGCCUCCAGACUCUGAUCAUCAGCAGCCAACCUGCAAACCAUUCCAGAAUGCUGUUCCUGCUAAAGAGUUACGUCACAGUCUUUCAGCCCAGACAAUAGCUCAAGGAGGGGCACAGACCAAGAGCCUUACUCCUCCAAAAGGAUGCACUUCUUCAGGUACACCAAGUCUUCCCAUACAAGGCAAUUCAGGAGAUGCACAGAGGUUAGCUCAAGAGUUGGAAAGAAUGAAGGAAGAGCUAGAAACUUUGAAAUCGGAAAGAUUUUCCAAAGAUGGUGAGAUUCAAGUCUUGAGGCAGAACCUUGGAAAAUACAAAGCUGAAGUCAGUAGGUUGAAAAUAGAGAGAGUUGAAAAUGAGGAGAAGCUAAGGAGGGAGCAGACAGAGAAUGAUAAAAAGUUGACUAAAGAGGCAGAGAGUCUAAAAACACAACUUCAGUUCAAGGAGAGGGAGUUGGCAGAAGCUCAGAAUUCAUUUCGCAGUCUAGAGCAGCGCCUUCAAACCAAUAACAAUAUCACAAGCAAGCACCCUGUUACUCCACCUCGUAACAGCCCCCAUUUAAAGAGAUCCUUGAUGAUGGAAAGAGAGCAGGCCUCUUGUACUACACCUCAACAAGAAGGGGGAUUCCCCACCAGGGAGAGUUUCAUGCAGACAAACCCUGCUCUGGGCUCACCAGCCAAGGUCAAGAUGAGGCUUGUCGAAGAAGGUUGCACAAGCAAGGGGAAUCUACGCAGCCCCAAACGUGUUGCAAGCAGAAGUCCAGCCAGAAGCCCCAAGGUUGUUAUGAAGCAGAGGAAGGUUUCAUCCAGCAAGACCAAUCUGAGGAGAGAUAUUGCUGUCUCCACCAAACUUACUCUGACAUCUAGAUAUCCAAGUGGUCAUAUUUCUUCAAGUCAAUUAAUUGGACGGCUCAUAGGCCAACCUCAUCCCCAGGAUUACAAUGCUUCAUUACUUACUCAGGGUUCUCUCAUCAGUACUCUUCAUGCAGCUGAGUCUAAGAGCUGCCCAAUACUCAGGAACAGUGAGGACAGUUCAAGCAUCCCAGCAGCUAAAUUAUUACAGACUGGAGAAGGAAACGGUACAUCUUCAAAACCAAACAAGAAUCAUGAAUCUGCUAUAAGAGCAUUAUCUUCAAUCUUGAACUUAUCUUCCUCAUCUACCAAUAAUUGUGCUAACAAACCUACCUCUUCCAAAAUGGAAGAUUCUGAACAAGAGCAGAUUGAGAUCUUCAAUGUGAACCAUUCCAAUGCAAUAUUAGGGGUGCUUCCUCUUCUGGAGGACCAGCUUACAGAAUACAUAGACUUGAUGCAUUUAAUGAGCGUUUGCUCCUCAAGUUUGACAUCUACCUGUCCCAGCAGCAGUGGAGAGGGAGCUGGGCGAUGCUUGAAUAGUUCUUUUGAUACUGUUGCUAAAGAUGAACAGCUACAGUUUGAGAUGAAAGAAUCGCAAGCAGUAAAUGCUUUACAUACCUUGCACUGUUUAGUGAGCUACAGUCAAAUUGCAGCUUCUCAUGUCAUCCACGGUAGUGGAGAAAGUGGUGAUCUCUCAAUAAUGGAAAUAGACCCCUCAGCACCUCUUAUUGAUCCCACACAAGCCCCUGGGCGAUCAAUAUCCCAGCAACAGAUGUCCUGUCCUGCUAACAUACCAUCUGCAUCGUAUAACCUUCCAAGAUGUCAGAUCUUGAUGAGACUGAUAAAGAUUAUUAGCAUACAGCCUUCAGAAGGACAGGGACCUUUGGUGCUAGAUACUGCUAUCAGAAUACUCUCAGAACUUACUAGAAGAUUGCCUACAGAAGAUGCUUUCAGGUUAUCUGAACUAUUGCAAUCAGAUUUCCUCCAUCCACUGUUAACGUGUGACUAUCCUAACACUCUCUGUGCUGUGCUUACAAUACUCUCAUCACUUGCCUCCAAAUCUUGGAACCUUGCCCAGAAACUGUGUACACAUUCAGACACUUGUUUCCUGCUUCAAGUAUAUCAGUGUGCUAGUUGUGGACUGAACAAAUGUAAUACUGUAGACAGGAUUCAAAUAGUUGGCAAGAUCAUUGAUCUUCUGACAUGUAUAACAUCUGUGCAUGAGGAUGGAGCAGCUUUUUUACUUGAUACUGAUUGUCAGUGUAGUGAAGAGGUUGUCUCUUCUAUGGUAAUCAUGUUAUCAAGAGAGUUCAGAUAUAUUGACCCAGACUGUGAUCUUCAAAGUCAUAGAAUGUUGAUAAUCCGAAAGGGACUCCUUCCACUCCACUCUCUGUACAUGGAUAGUAAUUUCACUGACCAUCGACUGGAAGCAGAACAACAGUACAAUCAUCUCAUUACAGAAAUGAACAGACUGUUAUCAACCCUUGCAGCGAUACAUAGGCAUGAAGUUGGGUUCCUCCAAGACUUUGAAGGGUCAGAUGAAGAUGAUUUGGAUCAAGAUAGUCAAGAGCAGCAAAUGGAUGUUAAUUAAUUAAAAACUAUACAGAGUAGUUUCAUGUUAUUGUCGGAUCAAAUCAUUUGAUGGAUAAUAUUCAAAGACUGCAUUUGUAACAUUAACUUGAAAGCUAUUAAGUUGAACAAAUUUGCAAUUGAAAAACAACUUCAUUGGAACUAAAUCAGAAACAAAAUAUGUUGCUGAUCAAGAGAAAGAAUGGUUCAUGGUAUUUAGGUAAUAAAAUGAAAGUGAAGAUUCUCUUUAGCCCAUGUCUGUGGAGUUGAAUGUAGGUAUGUAAAAAAAACCCCUGUAGAUCUGACUAUUCAACCUAAACUAUAGAUCUAGAGCAGUGUACUUUUGCAUUGUGCUGUGGAAGACAUUGAUGGGGAAAAAAGUUUGAUUAAAAGAAUAAAAAUGUUAUUGGAAAGUUACUUUUGGAGGUACCAAGUACACAUUUGCUCUUCCAAAGGAUGGCAUUUCUCUGUCAUACUUAACAAUCAUUCAGAUUAAAAUGGAAUGGUUCAGAUUUGAUGUUAUAAUUGUCACAAAAGCAGAACAUCCUUUUGUGGGAGUUUUUUUCUUUCCAAAUGCCAACCAGUACGAUUUUAUUGUUUUUAAGUACUAAAAAACAAGUGAAUUACACUGUAGUAAAAUUGAUUAGACACUCAAGAUCUUGUAGUGCUUUAAUAUAAUAUAAGCCCUACAGUCAAUGAUCUACAAUUGAAUUGUACUAGGUUGGUAAUAGGACUGGGGUUUUCAUAAUCAUGUAUGUAAAUUGUGUACAGUAGACAAAGGAAGAUGGAAGACCUUUUUUAAAGAUCCAUUGUGUAGGUGAUGUAGGCAAUUUCUAUUCAAGUUAUACCCACUGUAAGAUUUGAAGUAUCACAUUCAUUGCACCAUUUAAUUUUUUCCCCUCAAAUUGCUUUUGCCAUUUCUUUCAAAUAUGUAUUAUGUAUGAAGCAGCAAACUAAUCAUUGCAGCAAGUUAUUAGCAUAUUACAACUGUAUCAUAUUAAUCUCCUAGUACACUGUAAAGCACCUAUUCACUUGACAUCAUUCUGUCUUUGUUUAAAAAAAAGUACUAAGAGGGUAAGAGCAUACCUUGACUGUUGAUGAGAUAGCAUGUGUUAUUACUGUUCAGAAAAAAUGUUUCUUUCUUUUUGUUUGUUUAUCCAGCACAAGUAUUCAUUCAUUAGUCUUUGAUUUGUAAUGAUUUUGUAUUUUGCAUGAGUCAUGCUAUGGGAUCAAAUCCCUGCACCAAACUAAU